GGGCGCUAUUCAGCUCAACGGAACUGGUGUCAAAUUUCGUCGAAGGCUGAAAUCUGACAUAAACAACAGGAAGAGAGUUUCUACUACAACCCACCUUUUAUCUCUAGUGUAUUUCUAUACUUUAAUGAAGACUGCGCGGUUGUAAGUGAUCAUGGGCAAGAGCUGCAAGGUGGUGGUGUGUGGCCAGGGAUCAGUGGGCAAAAGCGCGGUUCUGGAGCAGUUACUGUACGCCAACCAUGUCGCAGGUUCAGAGACCAUGGAGACACUGGAGGACAUUUACAUCGGGUCUGUGGAAACGGACCGCGGCACCCGAGAGCAGGUGCGGUUUUACGACACGCGCGGGCUGCGCGAUGGUCACGAGUUUCCGCGGCACUACUUCACUUUCGCGGACGGCUUCGUGCUCGUCUACAGCAUCGACAGCAAAGAGUCCUUCAAACGCGUAGAGGCUCUGAAGAAAGACAUCGACCGCUGCCGUGACAAAAAAGAGGUGACUAUUGUUGUUGUGGGUAAUAAGUUGGACCUGCAGGAUCAGAGGAGAGUGGACAGCGAGGCGGCUCAGCAGUGGGCACGGCAGGAGAAGGUCAGGCUGUGGGAGGUCUCUGUGACCGACAGACGAACGCUCAUCGAGCCCUUUGUCCAUCUGGCCAGCAAAAUGACCCAGCCUCAGAGCAAAUCCACCUUCCCACUCAGCCGCAACAAGAACAAGGGCAGCGGCUCCCUGGACAGCUAGAGAUGGAGAAGAUAGCAAUAGCGCUGACAGAGUAACAUAAACAUAUGCUAGAAGAGAGAUGCCAGGCAAAUCUCUAAAGAGUGACAUCAACAGACGCUCGAUUUGAUAUCUUUUGAAACAUUUGAACUUGGAGUGCCAUUAUAAGUUUAGCACACUGUAUGAAGUUACUGCAUCAAGGAAGUUUUAUAUUCUUAAACAUACAGGGUAGAAUCCAUGAGUUGCUGUGAUAUAUUUCUCUCAUGCUUAUCUUGAAGCAAUUGACUGACAAAAAAUACUGCUUUUACACUGAAAUAUAUAUAUAUACCUCUACAUUGCAAAAAGUUGUUAUAUCCUAUGUGAAAUCAUUCGACUUGUGUUCAAUUCUGACAUACUUAAUGACAUUUGUGCCAUGAUGACUGCUCUUUUGUGAUGUCAACUUGACAGAAGAUUGUCUUAAUUUAGUUAAGCGGACUGCAUGGAUGGUUUACUUAUUUUUAGGUGUUCAUAUUUUGUCACACAUUCCUAUAAAAUGUUUACUGAUUUAUUCCAUAAGAACACCUAAGUAAGUGCAAUUUGUUUGAGUUUGUUUGAUUGUGAGUGAGCUCACCACUGUGCCAUUGUACGUUUGACCCUGAUGACUGUAUUUCAUGAGUAGUCAGUCAUAUUGUAUAAUGUUAGCUUUCAAUUGUGAACAUAUACAAUAUAUUUCUGUUCUUUUUACAUGGAAAAAGUAUGACUUAUGAAGAUUUGACUCUUAUUUUU